AACUUUCGCUUCACAUAGAAGAAGGUUCGUUAAUUCUUUUUCUACUUCUCCCCCUUCUCUCCCGUCUCACCCUCGUUGGAAAAUGCCUCAUGUGAGCAUAAAUCGCCUCCUCUCCUCCACUCUCAAGAAACCCAGACUUGUCUUCUCUCCACUCCCACCUCCAUCCACUCGUCAAAUCACCGACCCUUCACUCUAUCACCAGCACCGCCCAUUCUCCGAAAACCCCCAAUCCCAACCGCCCGAAAUCCCAUUCCUCAAAACCCCAACUCGAACCCCACUCGAAACCCAAUUCGAAACAUGGACCCAAAACCUCAAACCGGGUUUCACCCCAACCGAUGUCGAUACAGCCAUCCGGGCCCAGUCCGACCCGGAUCUCGCUCUCGAUAUCUUCCGUUGGACGGCGCAGCAACGUAAUUACAAGCACAAUCACAUGACCUACCUGACCGUGAUCAAAAUCCUGAUCAGCGGCAGGCGAUACCGCCAGGCAGAGACUCUAAUCGAAGAGGUGAUUGCUGGUGCUUGUGAGAUUAGUGUUCCACUAUAUAAUUCGAUGAUUCGCUUCUGCUGUGGCCGUAAGUUGUUGUUUAAUCGCGCCUUUGAUAUCUAUAAGAAAAUGUUGAAAUCGGAGGAUUGUAAGCCCACAUUGGAUACUUACACGUUGUUGUUUAAUUCAUUGCUUAGGAGAUUCAAUAAGUUGAAUGUUUGUUAUGUGUAUUUGCAUGCGGUGAAAUCUUUGACGAAGCAAAUGAAGGCGUCAGGAGUGAUACCGGAUACUUUUGUUCUCAAUAUGAUCAUCAAAGCUUAUGCUAAGUGUUUGGAAGUGGAUGAGGCUGUGAGGGUUUUUCGCGAAAUGGGGUUGUAUGGUUGUGAGGCUAAUGCUUAUAGCUAUAGUUAUUUAGUAAAGGGACUCUGUGGAAAGGGGAGAAAUGGGCAGGGUUUAGGGUUUUACAAGGAAAUGAAGGGUAAGGGGUUGGUGCCCAGCGGGAGUACUUACAUGAUUUUGAUCUGUAGUCUUGGGAUGGAGCGGAGGUUCGAGGAAGCAAUUGGGGUUGUGGUUGACAUGCUGGGGGAUUCAAUGUCGCCUGAUCUGUUGACUUAUAGGACGGUGUUGGAAGGCUUGUGUAGGGAGGGAAUGGUUGAUAAGGCUUUUGAGUUAUUAGAGGAGUGGAGGAAGAAGGAUGGAUUCAUGGGUGAGAAGAAUUAUAAGAGUUUGUUAAAUGGAUUGCAUUUUGUAAGUCGGCAGUAGACUCCGUGCUCGCAACUUUGUUGGAUGUGAAUUCCUCAUUAAAUCGGAGGCAAUUGUCUGCUUGAAGAUGGAAUUAUGAGCUGCAGUUAUCCACACUAACAAUAUGAUUGCUUGAAGCACAUUGGAUACUGUAUUCUGAGCAUCUUGCUCAAAGUUACUGGACGUGCGUGGUGAUAGUGCUGCGGCCAAUGCAGGAGAAGAGGUUGCUGUUGCUUCUGCCUUUCAGGAAUGGGAUAAUACUAGCUUUCCCAUGAUGAAUGUAGACUGUCUGACCACUUAGAAACCAUGACAAUAAAGUG